GCCCAAUUGGUUUGCGAAGUGGUACAAAACCGCGCGGGCGUCGAGCGACGAGCGAGCAAUUGCUGCCCGUUUGGUUCUUCCUGUCCCUCGUCGACUGUCUGUCUCUCCGUGUGCCUCUUCGUUUUCUCGAGACUCGGACUUGUCGACACGGCAUCGACCUACGGACGCGUCUGACUUGCUCGACGGUCUCCGCCGAACGAACCCACCUUCGUUUCGUUUCAAGGACACACCAUCCACGCUCGUUCAUCCCUCAGAGCAUCAAUCAUGGCAUCCUCUUUUCCUCGUCUUCUCUCCGCUCUCAUCCUUUCUCUGUCUCUCUCCUCCACUUUCGUCUCCGCGGACCUGACCACUGGCAUACCUGACACCGCGCCUGCCGGAUAUGAAGAAUGGACCUCACCCAUCGUCCAACCCGCAAAAUCCAUCACAGGCGACGGCGGCUGGGGCCCCGCAUACGCUAAAGCCAAGGCCUUCGUGAGCGGCUUGACCCUGGAGGAGCAGGUCAACUUGACCACUGGUGUCGGUACGACGGCGCGGUGUGUUGGUAAUACGGGCGAAGUGACGAGAUUGGGCUUCACGGGAUUCUGCCUCCAGGACUCUCCGUUGGGAGUUCGAGACACGGACUUUGCGAGCGCCUUCCCCGCCGCCAUCAACGUCGCCACGACAUGGGAUACAUCGCUCAUCUACAAACGUGGAAAAGCUAUGGGUGAGGAACACCGCGGUAAGGGCGUCAACGUCGCUCUUGGGCCCAUGACGAACCUCGGACGCGUUGCAGCCGGCGGGAGGAAUUUUGAGGGUUUUGGCGUCGACCCUUUCCUCAGCGGUGUCGCAUCCAGGGCGACCGUGGAUGGCAUGCAAGACGCUGGAGUCAUUGCUUGCGUCAAGCACUACAUCGGCAAUGAACAAGAACACUUCCGCGGUGGAUCCGAAGCCGCUCAAGUCUACUCCUCCGACAUCGACGACCGCACGAUGCACGAGCUUUACGUCUGGCCCUUCGCUGAAGCCGUCAAUGCCGGUGUCGGUUCCGUCAUGUGCAGCUACAACAAGGUCAACCAGACGCAGACGUGCCAAAACUCGAAGAUCAUCAGUGGAAUUCUGAAGGAGGAACUCGACUUCCAAGGCUUCGUCGUCUCUGACUGGGCAGCCAUGAUCAACGGCGUCCAACCCGCGCUCGCCGGCACAGACAUGAACAUGCCAGGUUUCAUGGCCUACGGCCAGCCCGACGAACCCAACCCCGACCAGACUAAUUCAUCCUGGUGGGGUUCUGCGCUCAUAGAAUCGGUCAAUAACGGUUCCGUUCCCGCUGCUAGAGUGCAGGAUAUGGUCGAGAGGACGAUGGCGGCGUAUUUCAAGUUGGGACAGGACUCCGAGGAUUAUCCGGAGGUGAACUUCAGCUACUUGACCGAGGAGACGGAGUUGAACGGCGUGGUUGUGAACGAGCAUGUUAAUGUCCAAGGAGACCAUUACAAAGUCAUCCGCGAGAUCGGCGCGGCGAGCACUGUGCUCUUGAAAAACACUAACGAUACCCUGCCUCUCAGCGUUGACAAAAUUAAGCGCCUCCUCAUCGUGGGUUCCGAUGCCGGUCCCAACCCUGAUGGGCCCAACGGCUGCAGCGACCGUGGUUGCGAUCAGGGUACACUCGCUAUGGGCUGGGGAUCUGGAACUGCCAACUUCCCGUACCUCAUCGACCCCUUCUCUGCCAUUCAAAGCUUCGUUCAUAGCCAAGACCCGACGACCAUGAUCGAGGCCAUCUUCAGUGACUUCAACCUUGCUCAGGUCAACACUGUGGCACCUCUCGCAGACGUCUGCCUUGCUUUCGUCAAUGCCGAUUCUGGCGAGGGCUACAUCACCGUCGACGGCAACGCCGGUGACCGUAACAACCUCACUCUCUGGCACGGCGGCGAAGCCCUCAUCAACGCCACCGCAUCCAACUGCGCCAACACCAUCGUCGUCAUGCACGUCACAGGCCCCGUCCUUAUGGAAUCCUGGAUCGAUCAUCCCAACGUCACCGCAGUCCUCAACGCUGGUAUUCCCGGUCAGGAGUCCGGUAAUGGAUUGGUGGACGUUCUGUUUGGUGGUGUGAACCCGAGUGGAAAGCUGGUGUAUACGAUCGCGAAGGCGAGGGAGGAUUAUCCCGCGGAUGUACUUUAUGACAGCGAUAUGGAUGUGCCGCAGAUCGUGUAUAAUGAGACGUUGAACAUCGAUUACAGGCACUUUGACGCGAACAAUAUCGAUCCCCGCUUUGAGUUCGGAUUUGGUCUCUCGUACACCACGUUCGAGUACAAUGGCCUCAACAUCGUUCCCUCGUCGGGCCACAGCCGCAGACAGGAGGCUUCUUCGUCCAUUUCUGCUCUUCCCUUGUCCCCCUCAGCCAUCUCAUCCUCUCCGUCGGCCUCAGCAUCGUCUUCGGUAGUUUCGACGGACAGCGUCGUCACCUCCACGGACAGCUCAUUCUCUUCUGCGAGCGCUACCGCUAUCUCUACCGACACCUCUUUCUCCGCCAACGCUACGACCUUCUCUGCCACCUCGACGUCCUCAUUUCCCAGCAACGUCACCUCCACGCCAACUCUCUCCAUCUCCGCUUCCGCUUCCGCCUCCCUCUCCCUCAACGCUUCCUCCACCGGCUCUGCCCCACCCGCCAUCUCCUCCCCCGCCCAAACCAACCCCGGCGGCCCAGCCGCCCUCUUCGAACCCCUCUUCGAAGUCUCCUACGCUAUCACCAACACCGGCAAAGUCGACGGCCACGAAGUCUCACAGCUAUACCUCUCUUUCCCGGCCAGUGCCGGUGAGCCCCCGAAGGUGCUGAGAGGGUUCGAGAGAACGUGGAUCGAGAAGGGGACGACGGAGAAUGUGCAGUUGACGUUGAGGAGGAAGGAUGUGAGCGUGUGGGAUGUGGUUAGUCAGGAGUGGGUCGUUCCGGAGGGGGCGUUCACGGUUGGGGUUGGGGCGAGUUCGAGGGAUUUGAGGUUGACGGGGACGUUUGUCCCGAGUGGUCACUAAGCGUGCCAGGUCAAACUCAGAGGACUGGACUAUUUUGCUGUGUUGUGUUGUGUUGUGUUGUGUUUUCUGUUCGAGUGCUGGUGAUUGCUUGUGAUACAUUACCGAACUGAUUUUUUCUUGAUGCUUAGUACUCUUUUCCCGAGACUUGUCUACUCACGAGUCCACAAAAUGACAGACUCCUCGCCACUGGACUCUUCUCCCCUGAUUAGCGACUCUCGUAGUAACAUAACGCGAUGAGGCCCCUGGACCUUCCGAAUCCGUUCUUUCUAGUAACACCCAAAAAGCUGCUUCGUCGCGAUGUCCAUUGUCCAUGGUGUAAUGCGUACGAAUGACUACUACUAUUCCCAGUGUGUGUGUGCUCGUAGUCUUGUCAUUUGGCUUUGACUGUCGGCCAGCUCUUUCUUGGUAGCGGACCCCGUCUUGUUUUUGGACGGUGAUACGUACUUAUAAUGCAUGCUCGCUCCAGACUGCUUUAUUUUAGUUGAUGUCUUCCGUUC